CAACAAGACCAACUUUGGCAUCCAAGACGAUAAUGACAUAGAAGAAUUAAUCAAUUGGAUCAAAGAACAAAACCUCGUUAAUAUUAUAAAAAAUAAGUUGAAAGACUCGCCACCAAGAGCUCCAAGGGAAUACAAAUAUGUCCAGGGAAGUAAAGGAGAACCAACUGAAAAAGAACUCGACGAGAUAUAUGAAGAUAAACAAAGGUAUUAUCUCAAAAAUUACCACAAAGAAAGACAUAAUUUACAACAGGAAAGGGAAACUGAAAAGAUACCUAUAACCUAUAAAGAUGAGCGACACCAAAAAACAAAAAGUAUUAGGAAAGAACCUCCAAUAGUUAUUAAGAACAAAGAAUACUACCAACAAAAUAAACCCACCACAUCCAAGUAUAGAACCACACCAACAAGAAAAGACAACCUGCAUAUUCCAGAGUUUAGAAGUAAGAUCAAACACAAUUACUCAACUUUACCAAAAACUUCACCUAGACCGACUCAGACGGAAGUAGAAAAUGCUCCGUCGACUAAUAUACAAACAGGAUACAUGUCCAAUGAGGAAUGGGAAGGAACUCCUCACAUUGAAGAAACGAACAGCCCAAAGAAGAAUGAAGAAAAGAUGGAAACAGCCCACCAACACAAGGUUCCAGUAGAGCCAAUGUUAGAAGAAAUGGACUUUUCAUUUCAAAAAGUCAUUCCAGAUACUCAGGACAAGGAAGAAGACAACUACUCGGAGUCUUUUAAAUCGCCUCAAACAGAGACUGACGACGAUUUAGAUUUUAUAAACUCUCAACCAGAGAACAAGUAAGAGAAUUUUUAGUAUCUCUUUAAGAUAUAUACAAUGAAUACACAUUUAUUUCUGUUUUUCAUAUUUUAUUUUAUAUUUUUUAUUGUAUUUUAUACUAUGUCAUGUUAUAGGAAUAGAAAAUGUUUAACAUACUAAAUAUAAAGAAAAAAGAAAAAGAAAAUAAAGAAAAAUAAUAAAUUUAAAAAAAAAGAAAAGUACAGGAAGAAAAAACUCAGAAAAGAAACAUCCUAGUAAUUAAAAAUGGUUCCUUUUUCUUUUUUAUUAUAUACGAAAGUAGAUAUCAUACAUAAUGAUAUAUAAAUAGAUCAUUAAUGGUACAACUAAACAAAAGCUAUUUAUAAUAUUAAGAAAAUUAGGAAUAUAUAAACUCUUAAAUAUCAAAAAAAAUAAAAUAAUAAUAUAUAAUAUAAGACAUUUCUUUUUAAAAUUAAUUAUAUACAGCGAUAAAGUACAAUAAUUAAUAAGUAACUUUUUAAAAAAAAAAAAAAAUAAAAAAAUAUAUAUUAUUAACCAUAUUCUAAAAAAUACAGUCAACAAACCCAAAAGUAAAUAUAUUUAUAAACUUAGCUACUCCUUAUAUACUCAUGAUAAACUUUUCCACAGGCGCACAGCACAAAACAGCAAUAAUAGUAUAUACGAUAAUCUAUCAAAAUGCACAAUAAUGUAAAACUGAAAAUAGGAUUAUGGAAUGCAAGGAGUAUAGGAAACAAAAUAGACGAACUAAAAACAAAGAUCAGCAAUUAUGACAUUAUGCUUAUAACGGAAACGUGGAUAAUAGAUUAUACUAACUAUCAAAUACAAGGUUACCAGUUAAUUAAUAACGGAAACGAUUAUAAUAUAGGAAGAGCAGGUAACAAAAUCUACCAACAAGGAUGCGGGCUAGGUAUUUAUUAUAAAGAGGACAUAAAUCUAAAGAAAACUAAAUCACAUAAAAUAGAUAAAAAGUUCGAGACACUCGUGGUGGAGAUUCUCGAUUCCAACCAAAAACAAAUAGGAUUAAUUUAUAGAUAUUAAAAUAUUUCAAAUAGGAUUAAUUUAUAGAACAAACGGAAGAUUCUGCACCAGGGAGUGGCUUGAACUUUUCAACACACUAAAUUUAAAUAAAAAUACAAUUAUUGCAGGCGACUUUAAUGCACAUAAUCCACUUUGGAAUUGUUACAAAACCUCUGCAGAGGGGGUUAGUUUAGAGAUAGCUUUAGAGGAAAUAGAAUUUAUGAUUGUUAAUAUAGACACAAUAUCGAGAAUAGGUAAAGGCUCUCAGCCGUCAAAUAUUGACCUAAUAGCAUGCCACAAUGAUUUCUUAGACUCCAUUGAAUGGGAGGAAACAGGUAUGGAUUUGGGUUCAGAUCACCAAAUCAUAGAUUUUUAUAUAAACUUAAACCCUAAUAGUAAUAUAUUUCAAACAAUAGGAAAUAAAGUAAACAGAACAAGUAGGCUCUAUAAACCAAAUAAAAUAGAUUGGAAAGAAUUCAGGCUCCAUUUGGCAAAUAAAGAAGAAGAAAUAAAUAACAGCAUUCAACAAGGACACAAUUUGAUAGAAAGGUACAACAAUUGGAAAUAACCAAUAAUUGAAUAUUUUGAGGUAAGAAAUACAGAUUCCCAACACAUUCAACAGCACAGACAAAACAAGACGACACGGAAUACCAACUCACGCCCAACAAACAAUAGAACCAAUACACAACGUAAAACCCAACCCAGGUGGUGGGAUGAAGAAUGCACCUCUACAUGGUCAAUAUGGAAAAAAUACCAAAAAGAUCUUUGGAAACAUGGUAAAAUCGAGGAUUAUGAAAACAUGGUCGGAUGGAAGACCAGAUGAAAGAUCCUAAAGACGGAAAAGAAGAAAACUGCCUGGGAAAACCUGAUACAGGAAAUGAAUAACAACACAAACUUAACCAAAAUAUGGAAUAAAAUAAGAGGAAUUAAAAAACGAUAUACAGAAAAUACGGAUAAUCUAGAAACAAAGGUAAGAAAAGAGCUGGAGGACAUAGAAAUAAACAAAAUUAUUGAUAAUAAUGUAACCAUAACAUCCAUUUCAACUCAUACAGCACCAAUACCACAGGAAGAAGACAAUAACCACACCAGAAUUUGGAAUAUAACAAUAGACAAAAUAGAAAUGCUUCAAACAAUAGAGAAAAACAAGAAUAAAAAGUCAGCACCAGGAGUGGACGGCAUAGAUUACAAAAUAAUGGCAGAAUUGCCAUUAUAUAUGAAGGAUCAUCUACACAAAAUAUAUGAAGAGAGCUGGAACACAGGGGAAAUCCCUCCAGACUGGAAAAAAGGUGAAAUAAUAAUGCUACAGAAACCGGGAAAAAAGGCCCUCCGUCCAAUCACUCUCACAUCAUGCGUAGGUUUCAGGAAAAAUAAGUCAACAAUGGAUAACCUAAUUCGAAUAACAAAUGAGAUAAAACACAAUAAUAGAGAAAAAGCAAAUACAGUAGGAAUCUUUGUAGAUAUUAAAGGAGCAUACGAUAACGUAAAUUUGGUUAAACUAUUACAUAUUUUAAAAAUGGUAAACUGCCCGUCAACGAUGUACAAUUGGAUUAGGGCUUGGCUCAACAACAGGAAGAAGAAGAUAGACGAUGAACGCACUUUCACACUACUUUAUGCAGACGACAUAGUUAUAGUAAAUAAAUAUAAAAAGGAAGAGAUGUCAUUACGCUCAUCGGAAAUAGCAUUGAAGAGAUUAGUAGAACACUUGGAAAUCAGGGACCUAACAAUAGCACCAGAAAAAACUAAGGUAGUAAGAUUUCAAAAAAACCCCAAAUUAGAAGAAUUUUCGAUUAACGUUACAAUAAAUAAUAAAAACACAAUAAUAAAGUCCAGCCCGGAGGCAAAAUUUUUAGGGAUCACACUUGACUAUAAUCUCCGUUUCAGAACACAUUUUGACGAUAUCAUAUAUAAGGCAAAAAAACGUUUAGGAAUCAUCCAAUAUCUAUGCAGAGGACAGAAAGGCAUAAAUCAAAAUUGGGGAAUCAAGAUCACCCGAGCUCUUAUCUCCUCGGUGGUGGACUAUGGAGCCUUCAUAAUAUACACCAAAGAGGGAAACCUAGAACAAAAUAAGAAAAUCAGGAAAAUAGAAUCAGCAGCAAUAAGAGCAGCAGUAGGAUACAGAAUGUCUACCCCAAUAGCUGUAAUGUAUACAGAUACAGGUUUCAUAGGACAUCAUUUAAGAGCUAAACAGGCCGCAAUCAGAUACUGGCUUAGAGAAAUGGAAAAAACCGAAACAAACAGCAAAACAUUGGAUAACCAGCUAAAAUACUUUUCGAUUCACAACGACACAGACCAUUUAACACAAUGGGAAAAAGGUAUAGGAACUAAACCCAACUUAAUAGAAACAUCUUUUUAUGAAAUAGCCCAUCUAAAAAAUAAAAUAUUAUCCACCAACCAUUCAUUGGAAAGCAGCAUCAACUGGAAAGAGAAGAUACUAAACAAAAGGAGGAAUUUGAAAAAAAUAGAUAUAGAUAAAGAUACAGGGAAAAUUUUGGAAACCGGAGCAAUUCCUCUCAGCACGGUCAACCAGUUUCUAAUGGAAAAACAUAAUCUUAAAAAAGAAGAUACCGUCAUAUGCUACACAGAUGGGUCAAAGCAAGAAAAUAAAAUCGCAAACGGGGUAGGAAUUUAUAUCAAUUUACCACAAGGAACCUCCAUUGAAACAGGAUACAGUAUUCAAAGGGAAGCAACAAUUUAUACUACAGAAGCCAUAGGUAUUUAUAAAGCAAUAGAAUUAACCAAACACAUGAACUGUAAAAAUACUUUAAUAUUAACAGAUUCUUUAUCAGCGCUCACAGGGCUAGAAAGUAAAAUAGAAAAACUGGACGACACGGGAAAAAAUAACAACAACGCAUGGAUUUUAAAGAUAUAUAAAACACUAAUAAACCAAAAAGAGAGGGAAAAGAUAGUACUGAGCUGGGUUCCAGGACACCAGGGGAUACCUGGCAACGAAAAAGCGGACUCCCUUGCAAAGGAAUACACCAACAAAGUACCAGAAGAAGAUAUACCGAUCACGAGACUGAAUUAUCUGGUGCAAUAUAAACAUACAAUCUGGAGCGUCUUUACUGACAGAGUAGAAGAAAUCGGUAGGAGCAAAGGAGCAUACUACUUUUCAAAUUUUUGGGAAAACAAGAAGAAAGUAAAACUCAAACCGUGGUUUCAAAAAUUCGGUAAUAUAUUAGAUAGGUAUGCUAUUAGGUCAAUAUCAAGGAUAAGGUCAAACCAUUACAAUUUAAAAGAAUCAUUAGGCAGGAAAGGCAUAAUCGAUGACCAAAUAUGUGAUUGUAGAAUGGAGGAGGAAACAAUAGAGCAUGUCCUCUUUAGAUGUCCGUUUAGAAUUAUCCCGCGUCUAAAAAUGUUUGAUAAAAUAGGUAUUUUAAUUAACAACUGCAAUUAUAACGUAGCGCAAAUAAUAAAUAGCGAAAAGAGUUUAGCUUUAAAAGCAAUUAUAGCGUUUUUAAAAGAAGCUAAUAUUGAAUUGUAAGAACCAUUAGCUUGCU